UGUACCAAGAGCUCAGCUUCCAGGACGCCGUGCUGGAGGCGGACGACGGCGCUGACAUCACAGACUCCGAAGAGGACGAGGGCACCAGCCUGCCGCCAACGGCCGCACAGAAGCAUGCCAGCGAUAAUUUCUUUGGUAUGGGCCGGGAGGUGGAGAACCUGAUCAUGGAAAACAACGAGCUUUUGGCUACGAAGAACGCGCUGAACAUUGUCAAAGACGACCUUAUUGCCAAAGUGGACGAACUGACCGGGGAGCAGGAGAUCCUGCGCGAGGAGGUCAAGUCGCAGCAGGCCGUGCGCUCGCGGCUCCAGCUGCGCGUGCAGGAGCUGGAGGAUGAGCUGAAGCGCCACAAGGAAGAGGUCGAGAAGGCCAGCAAGGAGACCACCGAGGAGGACGACAUCCCGAUGGCGCAGCGCAAGCGGUUCACGCGCGUGGAGAUGGCGCGCGUGCUGAUGGAGCGUAACCAAUACAAGGAGCGCUUCAUGGAGCUGCAGGAGGCGGUCAGGUGGACGGAGAUGAUUCGGGCCAGCAGGAACGAUCCCAACAUGGACAAGAAGAGCAAACAGGGCAUUUGGAAAUUCUUCAGUAACCUGUUCAGCUCUUCGGAGCCGCGGCCAUCCAGCCGCGUGCUGCCACACGGCAACAUCCAGUACGACGCGCCGUCGAGCUCGGUCAGCCCGGCCGAGCCGAGCCGGCGCCGCGCCGGCGGUCAGGAGCGCAGACGCGGCAUCGACUUCCUCGACACGGACAUCUCGUCGGAGAAGCUGCAGCAGCGGCGCGCCACCGAGCGGCGCGAGCAGUACAAGCAGGUGCGCGCCCACGUCAAGAAGGACGACGGCCGCAUGCAGGCGUACGGCUGGUCGCUGCCCGCCAAGGUCCCCGGCGCGCUGCCCAGCGCCAGCGUGUCCGGCAAGAGCGAGAGUCACAAGUCCUCGCACGUGCCGGUGCCCGUGCCUGUCUACUGCCGGCCCCUCAUGGAGAAGGAGCAGGGCAUGAAGAUCUGGUGCGCGGCCGGCGUGAACCUGAGCGGCGGCCGGACCCGCGACGGCGGCAGCGUGGUCGGCGCGUCCGUGUUCUACUCAGCCACCGCCGAGCCCGGCUCGCCGGGCGACGGCGACGAGGUGGAGCGGCUCAGCAGGCAGCUCAAGGAGCAGCAGGAGAUCCGCACCGCCAGCGAGACGCCGGAGCGCAACCUGUCGUCGCUCGUCUGGAUCUGCACGAGCACGCAUAACGCCAGCAAGGUGACGGUGAUCGACGCCAACAACCCGGCCGAUGUGCUGCAGUCGUUCCCGGUCUGCUCGUCACACCUGCUCUGCAUCGCCAGCGUGCCAGGCGCCAAGGAGUCCGACUACGGCGUGGUGGGCGAGCUGGCAGGGCUGGCGACCGAGGAGGCGGCGGCGGCGGCGGCCGGCGCCGACGCUGCCGACGCCGCCGACCCGGCCGGCGCCGAGGGCCGCCUGGCCACCAUACGGCUAGUCAGCUGCGGCACUGGCGACACGGGACCGGCCAGCGGCCCGCCCAGCGGCGUCAGCGACCUCGACGACAUCAGGCCCGUCCUCAGAAGGGAGGUCAACACUGGUGAACACGCGGCGGAGAGCCGCCCCUCCGAGGACGCGUCCGAACAGCCUCAGGCGGAGAGACGCCUGGUCACCUCACCUACUGACGACAUCGUCAAGGACGGCCUCACUGACGGCGUCACUGAGCCCUGCGUCGGCGAGGAGGAGGAGAAGAUGUCCAGCGUGCUGCCCACCAUGUGGCUCGGCUCCCAGUCCGGCUGCGUGUACGUCCACUCGGCCAAGGCGCAGUGGAAGCGCUGUAUACACUCCAUCCGGCUCAAGGACUCUGUGCUCAGUAUCGUGCACGUGAAGGGCCGUGUGCUGGCGUCGCUGGCGGACGGUACGGUGGCCAUCUUCCACCGCGGGCAGGACGGCCAAUGGGACCUGACCAACUACCACCUGCUGGACCUCGGCCAGCCGCAGCACAGCAUCAGGUGCAUGACGGUGGUGCAGGAGAACGUGUGGUGCGGCUGUCGGAACCGGGUGCACGUCAUCAACCCCAAGACCAUGCAGGUCCAGACGUCGUUCGACGCGCACCCGCGCCGCGAGUCGCAGCUGCGCCAGAUGGCCUGGCUGGGCGACGGCGUCUGGGUGUCGAUCCGGCUCGACUCGACGCUGCGCCUCUACCACGCGCACACGCAGCAGCACCUGCAGGACGUGGACAUCGAGCCGUAUGUCAGCAAGAUGCUGGGCCUUGUGCCAGGAGAUGUGUCCGGUGUUCCAGGCACUGGGAAGCUGGGAUUCUCCUUCGUGAGAAUCACCGCGCUUCUCAUAUCGUCAAGCCGACUCUGGAUCGGCACGGGCAACGGAGUCGUCAUCUCCGUCCCGCUCAAUGCCGACGGUUCGGCCUCCCGGCCGCCGGGCGGUUCCGGCGGCGGAGCCGGCGCCGGCGCGCCCCGCCUGCCCGGCGGCGUGGUGCGCGUGUACUCGGACACGCGCGGUGAGCAGCUGACGCCGGCCAGCUUCAUCCCCUACUGUCACAUGGCGCACGCCCAGCUCAGCUUCCACGGCCACCGCGACGCCGUCAAGUUCUUCGUCGCCGUCCCAGGAGAGGCCGAGGAAGAGGAGGAGGAGAUCGAGGAGAGCGCCGAGAAGCAGCGGUCGCUGUCGCGCGGCGAGCGCUCUCACCUGAUUGUGUGGCAGGUCACGGUGCCCGACUAGUCGCGCCGUGUCGCGUCACGUCGCGUACGCUAUUUAUUGCAGCUCUCUACGGCGGAGGUGGUCGGCCUGUACGGCGCCGGCCCCCUGUUAACGGGACGAACGCGUGUCGGGGUCGCGCCGGGCUGUGCGCGAGCUAAGCAGUUGUAAGCGUUGCUGCUGGAUUUUUUCACUUUGCCUUCAGUGUGGUAGCCAGCUCUAGCAAGGACCUUGAGUGUCGGUAGUGUUUUAGGCGAUUGUUCGCCCAGCCGGCGGCCGGCGACUGGACGGCGGGCGGGCCAUCGUCGUCCGCCUGAGGGCGCCGGCGGCGGCGGGCCGUAAUCUAGUCGGAGCGCGACCCAUGGGCGUGACCUUGUGACCCCGGGAUCAGCCGCGACGCCCCUUCCGGCCGGCCGACGUGCCCUGCCGUCAGGUUUCCGGUCGCGAAGUACGGGUUAUACGGGCCGAAUCGAAGAUUGGCGCCAGGCCUUUGGUGAAAUUUGUAAUGCAAGCCACGUGCUGGUAUGGCAAAGGGGCCGUGCAUCGACCGCUCCCGCUUGACGCCAUCUUGUUUUUUUACCGCCGCUGAGUAGCCGUUGCGCCAGCGGAAUCCCCCUGCGAUGACUUUGAACGUGAGCCCCGCUGGGUGACUUAACCAUGCAACACUGUAAUCAAGUGAAGCCGGACGCGGGAAAGGGAAGGGCGCUGGCCGACGACGGUGUGGCGUUUCCUGGCCGGGGGCGUGGUGGCGGCUCAGCAGGCUGUCAGGACUACAGCCGCCGCAAGUCGGCGUCGCACGGCGCCGGUGUAUCCGACACAUUCCCCCGGCGUCACGGCCCCUGUGGGCGGGCCGAUGUUGGUCGUUUGGUUUAUAUAUUUUAUGCGUUUUAGGCCGGGCGUCACCAGUGCAGUGGCCGGGCGGUGCGGCACGCUAGCUUGCGCUGUUCGCUGUGGGGUGAGCGCUGCAGGACUUGGCGCCCGCAGUCUGGCCCGGCGCCAUGUCGCAGUGUUGUUUACGCAAGCAAAUUAUUCGCGACUGUGGCCCACAAACAGACAUGUAGUAACGGCACCAGCGCGUCCGUGCCCGCUCAGUGAUAGCCUGUCGGCCGCCGUGUCCAGGGCGGCGGUGCUCCUCUGGGUCCGCGCGGCCGGCUGGCCCCAUCCGAAGCCGCCCGGCGAACGGGACCGCCGCCGUCUGUCCGUCGCGGCGUGGUGCUGUGGCGUGGCUUCUGUUGAAGUGUGAAUGCUGCGGCGGCGUCGGCCCGCGGACGACGCGUCUGAAUACAUUAUGCGGUGU